CCCGCCCUUCUCUGCACUCGUCCAUCCUGGAAACCAGGAACGCGCGGCGAAGCUAACUGCCCAAAGGCAUCUUUCUGGCUGAAUACAGUCUAGGAGUCGGAUCCAUUCCAGUAUAGUCAGCAAAUUGGGAGAGCGCCUUCCUGUCUUUCUCAUUAUGCAGAUUUCGCCGAGUUCUAAACUGUCUUGGUCCAAUAAGAUCCAUUGUUGUUGUUCAGUCGGUCUGACUCCUUGAGUCUUAGGCUUCCGCAAACAAGAAUUCUCUCCCCCACCAAGAACUUUACAAACUCCCUCCCGUUUUGAUCUUGGUGACUCAGUAAACUUUUACUAAGCGCCUUCCGCGGGCCAGGCACCUUGCUAACCUCCAGGGACACAAAAAAGAAGCAAAAGAUAGUCCCUGCAAGAGAGUUUACAAUCUAAUGAUUCAAUCCAACGAUUGAAACUGUCAGGGAGAAGUUGCACCAGCAAAAAGGCAUAUAUACAAAACCGGUGGAAAUACCAGAAAUCAAGGCUUAAGUCAACAUCUUUGUUACUGUGUCUUUUCUGAAUCAUGAUUAUAAUGGCACAAGAACAAGAACCUGCAAAUAUCAAGAUCAUAAAAGAAGCAUACAAGCAGGCCUUUAUAUUUGUUAAUAAAGGACUGAAUGCAGAUGAAUUAGGGCAAAAGAGAGAAGCAAAAAAUUACUAUAGUAAAGGAAGAGAACAUCUACUCCAAGGAGUCAGCAUUUCAUCAUCUGGAUCUGACUGCACAGGUUCUGAGUGGGAAUCUGCUAGACAGAUGCAACAGAAGAUGCAAGAAACAUUACAAAAUGUCAAUAUGAGAUUGGGAAUCUUGGAGCAAAAUCCUUCAUCUUUUGAUCCCAAGAAUCUUCAGGAAGGGUCCCAAUUAUAUCCUGUGUUGCCCCCUAAUGGGAAGCCAGAAAAACCCUCCCUGCCUCCAUCUUUGAUUUCAUCAUCUGUACAAACAGAAGUUAAUGGGAACUCUCCCUCCACAAGCAUGGAUCAACACUCUGUGGUUAGUUCUGUAUCACUGGAAGCACCGCCUGCUUACACACCCUGUGCUGCAGAUGGGCACUAUACUCUAUCUUAUGGAACACAGUCUGGGGAAUUUUCAUCUGUUGGUAAAGACUAUUAUACAACUUCUGCUCAUCCACCUCCUCUUGAGACUCUAGGAGUAGAUGUAGAAGAGUUAAUUUUAAUACCCAAUGGAGUACAGAUUUUCUUUGUAACUCCUGCUGGGGAAGUUAGUGCGCCUUCCUAUCCUGGAUACCUUCGGAUUGUGAAAUUCUUGGAUACUACCAGUGAAGCUGCACAGAAUCGGCCCUCUGGAUUUCUUCAGGUUUGUAAUUGGGUGUAUCCUCUGAUGCCUAGUCAAUCUCCUGUACUGCGCUGCAGUAGUGGAGUCUACAUGUUCCCAGACCCAACAUUACAAAUGUCAGGAUCCUGUGUGGGUGUAGUCUUGUCUUCUGAAUUACCUGAAGAAGAUCGAGAGCUCUUUGAAGAUCUUUUGAAACAAAUGGCUGAUCUUCGAGUCCAGGCCAGCGGGAACAGGGAAAACAGAGAAGAAAUACAAAUCCCUGGAGGAAUGAGAAUACCCUUUGUUCAGUUGAAGGAACAGCCUAGCAAGAAUUUGAGGAAAUUGGUCCCUUCUGACCAGGGCAUUAAGGAUGGUGACCAGAAGGAAGGAAGUGGGACAAAAGUUUCAGGUACUUCAAGUGAAGAAAUUAAUCUGAGCCAGGUUGUACCCUUCCAACCAGUUCCUGAAGAAAAUGUGAGAGUGUUACCUGAGUGGAGUGAGAAAGUAUCUCAAAAUAUUUUAGCAGGUGCAUCCUGGCUGAGUUGGGGUUUAGUUAGAGGAGCUGAACUUACUGGGAAAGCAAUCCAUAAAGGAGCCUCAAAACUUCGAGACCAUAUUGAGCCUGAAGAAAAACCACUGGAAGUUAGUCCAGCUGUGUCCAAGGGACUUAAUAUAGCAAAACAGGCUACAGGAGGAGCAGUGAAAGUCAGUCAGUUCCUAGUGGAAGGAGUAUGUUCCAUAGCAAACUGUGUGGGAAGAGAAUUAGCCCCACAUGUCAAGAAACAUGGAAGUAAACUUGUUCCAGAAUCUCUUAAGAAAGACAAAGAUGGGAAAUCUACUUUGGAUGGUGCCAUGGUUGUAGCAGCAAGUAGUCUUCAAGGAUUUUCAACUGUAUGGCAAGGAAUGGAGUGUGCGGCUAAAUGCAUAGUUAAAAAAGUUGCUUCAGAAACUGUAAAUACAGUUAAACACAAAUAUGGAGAUGAUGCUGGUCAUGCUACAGAUAAUGUAAUGAAUUCUGCCAUCAAUGUUGGUGUCACCGCAUUUAAUAUUGAUAACAUCGGUAUCAAAGCUGUGGUGAAAAGAACAGCAAAGCAAACUGGAAAAGCCAUCUUAGAGGAAUAUCAAGUAGUUGACAAGUCAGAAAAAAAAGAUGAAAAAGAAACUAAUAAGAUAGUCAAGAAGAAAGGUAAAUAAUGGAAAUACUAUGGAUUAACUCCACCAAAGCCUUACUAAAUGGAUAUAACUUCA